CAGUGUCGCCGGUGCUGCCAUUUAUGCCGCCAUAUGCUCAGCCAGGCCAGCCUCCAAAUCCGGCAAUGAGACCAUACUCUCCGAUGCCGAAUGGAUACCCAGUUCCUCAAGGCACAAUUCCUCCUCCGGGUGGGUUAUUGUUCUCAUAAUAUCUCUCCCUUUUUUUAUGUCUUCCUCUCUCUAAAAUCAUGUACUAUCUGUAUCAUUCUACAGAUAACCUCAAGUGUUCCUAAUUUAGAACUGAAAAGUUGUUUUUGGUUCCCCUCUAUAACUGAAGAGUGUUCAAUGUUGGUAGUUAAAAAGAUCUGAAGGCUAUCGUUGUUAUUUUUUCAUGUAGAUAUCUGUAAUUUUUUAUUCAUUCUUUCAUGAGCUGCAAAAUAUAAAGCCUUUUUGAAUUUAAAACCUUUUUCAAGGUAUGAUUGUGGUUCUCAUUGUUUUGAAGGUCCUAUUUGGUUUCUCAUUGUUUUGAAGGUAUGAUUGUAAUUCUCAUUGUCUGAGGGUACAAUGCUUACAUUUUAUUGUGUUUAGUGUAGGCUUUGAUGCAUGAAACUGUAUGUGCAUCUUGUUCGUGUGCAUGUUGGCAAAAUAGUAAGAAAAUAUGUUACUUUUGUUUGAAUCUUGUGUAUAUUAGCUACAAUACUACAGUUCUAUGAUAGCGUGGGUUAUGUUAUUUUAUGUUCUGUUAUAUUAGAGUUAAGUGAGUGACCAGGAGGGUUAGGAUUUGGUUGAGAGGAGUUUGGGGGGAUUCGUGUUGGUUGUAUAAGGGGUAUCGAUGACGGGAUCUUUUCUCCUACAGUUUCUUGAUUGAUAACGGUGAGAAAGGUUGGAAGGCUUCAUAUUGCUGUUCUUUAGAGACUGACUACCACUCUACAACUCCCCUUUUGGUAUGCACCCGUUUGCUUUGUUUCCUUGAUUAUCAAGUUUAGAAUUGUCUUGCUGGGAAAAAAAAUUACUGUUUUAUGCUCAAACUGGCCUCUGAGAUUUCAAAUUGAACGUUAAGAAACAAUUUGGACUAAUGUGAUCUUCCCAUAUGUCAUACUCUAUAAUGUAUGGUUCUGCCAUUUUCGUUUAGUAGGAUAUCAUCUCGUAGUUAUAAGGAUAAAUUCCUUUUAAUGGUUUCCCAAUUCUUGAAUUGCCGGCAGCAGACUAUGAUACCAAUUGACUGCUCCUUGCCGUUGUUAUCAAGGUAUCACAAUCUUUUCAAUUCCACCCUCUGCUUUCCGUUUCUUUGCAUUUGUUAUGCUGUGCAUUAGGUUGUUAAUGGCCGAUAUACUUAAGAGAUUUUGGAAUAUCGAAAUAUACUGUUAUGUCAUCAGUUGCAUUGGUGUGAAAUAGACAUUGCAAUCCCAUUUUCAUGUUACUCAUUUCAAAUCUUCACAACUGGUGCAUUGGAUAGUUUGAGAAGGCUACUAUUUUACAACUGGAUGCGAAAGGUAAGCACACCUGACACUUCCAUGAUUUAUGAAUACGAUGUUAUUUCUUCAUGUCCCUUCAGGUUAUCUGUUCAGCUGGUGAGUGUUGUCAUGCCUGUGCUGCCAUCUCUAGUUGCUUGUAAUUUUGGGUAACAGUAUUUGAUUGUUUUCAUGAAAUUCUUUAUAUACACCUGGAUCAACAGGACAAAGAUUGUUGUAACUGUAUCUAGUUAUUAAACAUGCCCUGAUUUUUUUGCAAAGAUUUUUUUUGCUUGCAGGAAUCCCUCGCUAUCCUUAUCCAUAUACAGCAAUGGUUCGACCAGCAUUUCCUCCACGUCCUCCAGGACCAGCUGGCAUCCUUCCACCACUGUCACGCCCUCCAAUUCCCGGGUUUCGUGGUCCAAUCCUCCCUCCUAUUGUUAGACCUGUGGUCAUUCCAAUUGUUACGCCAACAGAGAAGCCACAAACCACUGUAUAUGUCGGCAAGAUUGCGUCAACUGUGGAAAAUGAUUUCAUGACGUCUCUUCUGCAACUUUGUGGUCCUGUCAAGAGUUGGAAACGUGCCCAAGACCCUUCAAAUGGAACUUUAAAGGGCUUUGGGUUUUGUGAAUUUGAUUCUGCUGAAGGGGUUCUUCGUGCACUCAGACUACUCAGUAAAUUAAACAUUGAUGGUCAAGAGUUGAUGUUAAAUGUGGAUCAAGCAACAAGAGAAUAUCUGGAGCGUUAUGUUGAGAAGAAAAUAGAGAAUGCGAAGAAUCUUAAACUAACUGAAGCCGAAGGGGACGAAAAGGAGGAAAAAGCUGCAGCAGAUGAUGAGAAGAAGGAAUCUCUGAAACCCCCCGCAAAGGACUCGGAGGAAAAUGAGAAUACCAUUGAGAACAAAGAAAAGCAUGACAGUGCCAACUUUGGCCUCGUUACUGCUGAAGAUAGGGAAGCUGACCGGGAGGCUACGGAGAAACUUACUGGCAUGAUAGAAGAGAGGAUAAAGACCAAACCUCUACCACCUCCUCCCCCGCAAACAGCUGCUGAAGGGUCUGGUAACUCUAACUCAGAACUUCCUGCUAGGUCAAGGGGUGGGGAUUCAGAUGUUGACAUAACGAAAAAGGAUGCAGCAGAAGAUAGAAAUGAUGAAGAGAUGACUAGUGAGAGCAAACCUCCAAGUGAACAUGAUAGACCCGAAACAAGUUCACCCGACAGGAGCAGAAGGAAUGAUAGGAGGGGCAGAGACCGCGAGCGAGAUCUGAAACGGGAAAAAGAAAGGGAACUUGAAAGAUUUGAGAGAGAAAGAGAGCAAGAACGAGCUAAGAGAGAGAGGGACAGAGAAUAUAAGAUCCGGGAAGAUGAGCGCAGGUAUAGGACACGUGUUAAGGAUUGGGAAGAUAGAGAAAGAGAGAGAGAACGCAAACGGAAGAUGGAAAAAGAGGAGGAGAAACAGAGGCAAGAGGAGCGGAAACGGGAAAUAAUGGAUCAAGAGUACGAGAGUGAUGAUGGUUAUUCCAAAAAGAGAAAAUAUAAGAGCAGUGUGGAGGAGAGGAAAAGGAGGUUAAGGGAGAAGGAAGAUGACUUGGCUGACCGAUUGAGAGAAGAGGAAGAGAUUGCUGAGGCAAAGAGGAAGGCUGAAGAGGAACAUCAGCUGCAAAAACAAGAGAAAGAUGAAUUAAAGCUUUUGUCUGGUGAUGCAACUUUUGGAAAUAACAAGGUUGUGUUCCCUGAUGAGACCAAUAUUGAAGUAAAAGAUAAAGCUGUUGAUCACACUUCUGAUGGUGACUUUGACCACGGAAACCAUAUGGGUGAUGCAAUUCUAACAAAUGGAACUGGUGAUGAAGCUAUUGCUAUGUCGGAUACGCGGCAGAGUGGCAACGCUCCAGGUAGAAAGUUGGGGUUUGGUCUUGUAGGGUCAGGAAAACGAACUGCUGUCCCUUCUGUUUUCUAUGAAGAGGAGGACGAGGAUGCACACAAGGAGAAAAAAAUGCGGCCUCUAGUUCCUAUUGAUUACUCAACUGAGGAACUGCAGGCUGUCCAACCUACCAUUUCUGGGGCACCAUCUCCAAAUUUGGCUGCAGCAGCAGAAUUUGCAAAGCGUAUCUCAAAGGUCCCCAAGGAAGAACGGCCGGAUUCAGAAAAGGAAAGAAGUAGACGUUCUCAUGGUAGAUCUAGCCAGAGAGAUCGAGACAGGAAUGAUGGGGAGUCUGGUCGCACCAGAGAAGAAAGCAAAAAGGAUACUGUUGACAGGGCAAGGGAUAGAGAUCAUGGACUGGAUAAAGUGAAGACACCAGAUAAUCAGAAGCUUUUGAAUGCGAAACAGUUGAUUGAUAUGAUUCCGAAGACCAAGGAUGAGUUAUUCUCAUAUGAAAUAGACUGGGCCAUUUAUGACAAGAAUGAAUUACAUAAGAGAAUGAGACCAUGGAUAUCUAAGAAGAUUACAGAGUUUUUGGGUGAGGAAGAGGCCACAUUGGUCGACUACAUUGUGUCCAGCACUCAGGAGCAUGUUAAGGCAUCCGAGAUGCUGGAGAGACUCCAGGCCAUUCUGGAUGAUGAAGCCGAAAUGUUUGUGCUCAAGAUGUGGAGGAUGCUCAUCUUUGAGAUUAAGAAAGAAGAGACUGGUCUUGCUUCGAAGUCCAAGACCUGAUGGAAUUCAGCUUGAAAUGUUGCUUAUCUGCACAAUUUAUUGCUUAUAGGAAAUACUUUUGCGAUAAUAUUUGCUUCGUCAAUCUCUUGUUAUUCUAGGAGGAAGCAAAAGUGCCAUCAAGGGCUAAUUUUCGUCAUUUUGUGAUGCUUAGAUCUACUCUGUUGUCAACUAGAGUUAAAAAAGCCAUUUUUCUGCCAAUCCUCUUAGAUGAGCAAUUUUGUAGUAAUCUAUAUCUGGUUGGUCCAUGACAAAACAAAUCUCAACAAGAACUGGUUCUCUGAUGUUUGGCACCAAAUCAUAUCACAAACCUUCAC